AUGGAGUCUUUAAGAGAGAUAACAGAAUAUGGUCAAAGCCUUAACUUGACUGGUGCGGACCUACAGCAGUUUAUACAGCAACAACAGGCACAUCAGCGUGAACUAAGAGCUGCUGAGAGAGAGAAAGAGAAGCAGGAUAGAGAGUAUGUUCUAAGUAAAGAAGCGCUUGAGAUUGAGAAACUCAAACUCCAGGAGAAAAAAGGUAUGGAAGAGAUUGAAAGUAAACUCAUGCAUACUAUUCAAACAUUGGAGCAAAAGUUAGCUGUAAAAGAGUUAGAAAUGAAAUCAGAAAACUCUAGCAAUGCAAAGUUUCCAAAAAUGCCUGUCUUCGAUGAAGUUAAGGAUGAUAUUGAUUCUUAUUUGAGACGUUUUGAAAGGUAUGCUGCAGCACAGAAAUGGAAGUUAGACAGUUGGGCUGUUAACUUGAGCGCACUACUCAGAGGUCGUGUACUGGAUGUGUAUGCACUGCUGCCACAGGAGAAAGCUUUGGACUAUGAUGCUUUGAAGACGGCGUUAUUAAAGAGGUUUGAAAAGACGGAGGAUGGGUUUCGUCAAAAGUUCCGUAAGAGUAGACCUGAGGUAGGGGAAACUUUCUCACAGUUUGUUGUUCGUCUCGGUAGUUAUCUCGAUAGGUGGAUUGAGCUUGGUCGAGUAGACAAGACUUUUGAGGGCCUCUACGAUAUGUUUCUUAGAGACCAGUUUUUGUUAAUGUGUAACAAAGAAUUAACAUUAUUUUUAAAAGAACGUAUACCGAAAAACAUCAAAGAAAUGUGUGCCUUAGCCGAUCAGUAUAGAGAGGCAAGACAUGUAAAUAUUCAAACACUAGUUCAUUAUAGCAAGAAGGAGAAUACCCCAGAAAAACGUCAGGCAUCGAGAGAACAAGACCAAUGGGAGCAGAAACUAGGAUGGAAGACUCAACAUAUGAAGACGCCGAUGAAGAAAGAUGUUCGUUGCUUUAAGUGUGACAGACUGGGCCACAUAGCGUCUCAGUGCCAUCAGACUCAAAAGAACCGGAACUCAGUGAAUGCAGUCGUUGAUCGAAAAGAGGAGGAAUCUACGGUGAAGAACUCGGAAUUACAAGGCAAGUGUGGAUCAUUUACUUCCUUUACAAGCACAUCUACAUUUUCAAUGGCAUCAAAUUCUAUGGACCUUGUAAACACUUCAUCAUGUAACGUUAGUGCAUCUCUUGGAGAUAUGCCUUCCUGUAAUGGCAAAUUAAAUGAACAUUUUGUGACAGUGCUUAGGGACACUGGUUGUAACGGCGUUGUAAUUCGCAGGAAUUUGAUAGAUGAUGUUCAGCUUACAGGAAAUCAUCGAAUUUGCAUUCUGGCGGAUGGAUCUAGAAUUCAAGCACCUGUUGCGCGAGUGAAAAUAGACACUCCAUACUUUGUGGGAGAAAUAGACGCUUGGUGUUUAGAAAAUCCAUUGUAUUCCCUGAUCAUCGGAAACAUCCCGAACGCAAGAGAUCCAAAAGAUCCAGAUAAAGACUGGACACCUAAUCAAGCUCAUGCAGUUGUGACUAGGCAACAAGCUCAAAAGGAAGGUAAGAGGACUAAAUCUCUUUGUGUUCCAGAAAUAAUUGACGCUGAUAUCUGUCCCGACGACAUCAAGGCAGCACAGGAGAAAGACGAGACGUUAAACAAGAUACGUUCUUUGGUGGGCCAAGACGACGACUCCAAGGUAACCCUCAUCAGUAAAAAAGGUCACUUAGGUACUUCUAGGACAGCCAGCAAAGUUCUAGCAGAAUUUUAUUGGCCGGGAGUUCAAGCGGACGUAUGUCGAUUCUGCAGAUCAUGCGACAUCUGUCAACGAACCACUCCGAAAGGCAGGACUACAAAGGUUCCACUCGGAGAUAUGCCUAUCAUUGAAGUACCAUUCAGACGUGUAGCUGUAGACUUGGUAGGACCUAUCCAACCAGCAACAAGAAAGGGUAAUCGUUACAUUUUGACUGUUGUUGACUUUGCUACCCGUUACCCGGAGGCAAUUGCUCUUAAAGGAAUUGACACUGAACGAGUCGCUGAGGCUCUAGUAGAUGUAUUUUGUAGAGUUGGGGUACCAAAGGAAAUGCUCACGGAUAUGGGGUCACAAUUUACAUCCGAGCUGAUGACAGAGGUCAGUCGUUUACUUUCUAUACGACAGUUAACAACGACGCCAUAUCACCCCAUGUGCAAUGGACUAGUAGAGCGGUUUAAUGGUACGUUAAAGCAGAUACUACGACGGUUAUGUGCGGAACGUCCAACUGAUUGGGAUAAGUACCUAUCAGCAUCGUUGUUCGCAUACCGUGAUGCUCCUCAGGAGAGUCUAGGAUUCUCACCGUUUGAGUUGGUUUACGGACAUGAAGUUAGAGGACCAAUGAAGAUUUUGAGAGAGUUGUGGACUAAAGAAGUAGCAGAUUCAGAAGUGAGAACUACAUACCAGUAUGUUGUAGAUUUGAAGGAGCGACUUGAAGACACUUGCAGAAUUGCGAGAGAGAAUCUACAGAAGUCGUCAAUGAAAUACCGGAAGUAUUACAACAAGGGAGCAAAGAACAGACAAAUGUCAAAAGGUGAGAAAGUUCUUAUUCUUUUGCCAACUGCCAGUAACAAAUUACAAAUGCAAUGGAAAGGGCCAUAUGAAAUUAUAGAAAAAGUUGGAAAAAUCGAUUACAGAAUAAACGUGAAUGGAAAAAUUAAAACAUUUCAUGCAAACAUGUUGAAGUUGUACAUUGACAGAGAAAGCGACAAAAAUGACGAAACAGGUGUUCUAGGUACUGCAGGUGCAGCUGUUCUUGAUCUAGAUGAUGACGGAGAAAGUGAUGAUGAGAUGUUGUGCGAUUCCCCAGGUGAAACGAGAAAGGAGGGACCAACAGAUGUGAAAGUAAGUGAUGAACUAACUGAAAAUGAGAAAGCAGACAUCAAGGCAUUACUAGACGAUUUUUCAGAUGUUUUAACAGAUGUACCUGGUUUGACGAAUCUCGGUGUUCACCAUAUCAAGCUGACUAAUGACCAGCCUAUCCGCACCAAGCCAUAUCCUCUGCCGUUUAUUUCAAGAGACGUUGUUUGUGACGAGGUAAAAAAGAUGUUGGAAGUUGGCGUGAUCGAGCCAUCGACAAGUCCAUACAGUUCCCCGAUAGUCAUCGUAAAGAAGAAAGACGGAUACUGGCAGCUACCAUUGGAUGAGGCAGCGAAGGAGAUCACCGCUUUCCAAACUCCACUUGGUUUGUUUCAGUUCAGGGUGAUGCCCUUUGGCUUGAUAAACGCUUCCGCAAGUUUCAGUCGGCUGAUGCGAAGACUCUUAGAUGGAAUGCAGUGUGUGGAUAACUUUAUUGAUGAUGUGAUUGUAUAUACUCGUACUUUCCAGGAACACAUCAAUGUGAUUCAGAAUCUUCUACAAAGUCUUCGUGCAGCGCAUUUGACUGUAAAACCAAGCAAGUGUUUCAUUGGUUACCGAAGCCUUGAGUGCCUUGGACAUAUUGCGGGCAACGAAGAACUUAGACCUCUUCCCGACAAAGUUUCCGCUAUUCACAACUUUUCCCAGCCUUCAACAAAAAAGCAAGUACGCUCAUUUUUAGGUCUGGUAGGAUUCUAUCGCAAAUUCAUUCCGAAUUUUUCAGCUGUUGCUUCACCUUUGACAGAUCUUACCAAAAAAGGCCAGCCAAACAAAGUGACAUGGGGACCACCCCAAGAGAAUGCGUUCAUCACUCUCAAGACUGCUUUAACGACAAAUGCGUCAGAUCGAGGUGUUGGGGCAGUUUUGAUCCAGUACGAGAAUGGUAUGAAAAAACCUGUCGCAUACGCUAGCAAGAAACUGUCCAAGUGUCAGUUCAAAAAUUUCGGAGAUAUUUGUAUGGAAAGGAAUUUCUACUAG